UGUGAGGGUCCGAGUUGGGGCUAGAGCCUACUUCUGACCCCUUUGGGGUUUCCCAGCCCAACCCGAGGGCUCCCCCGCUCCUCCGCCGCUGAACCUGUUUUCUGAUGACAGGAUUGGACAUUGAGAAGGACCAGAUUAUUGAGAUGGCCUGUCUGAUAACUGACUCUGAUCUCAACAUUUUGGCUGAAGGCCCUAACCUGAUUAUAAAACAGCCAGAUGAGUUACUGGACAGCAUGUCAGAUUGGUGUAAAGAGCAUCACGGGAAGUCUGGUCUAACCAAGGCAGUGAAGGAGAGUACAAUGACGUUGCAGCAGGCAGAGUAUGAAUUUCUGUCCUUUGUGCGACAGCAGACUCCUCCAGGGCUCUGUCCCCUCGCAGGAAAUUCAGUUCAUGCAGAUAAGAAGUUUCUUGACAAAUACAUGCCCCAGUUCAUGAAACAUCUUCAUUAUAGAAUAAUUGACGUGAGCACUGUUAAAGAACUGUGCAGACGCUGGUAUCCAGAAGAAUAUGAAUUUGCACCAAAGAAGGCUGCUUCUCACAGGGCGCUGGAUGACAUUAGCGAAAGCAUCAAAGAGCUUCAGUUUUACCGAAAUAACAUCUUCAAGAAGAAAACAGAUGAGAAGAAGAGGAAAAUCAUAGAAAAUGGGGAAAAUGAGAAGACCGUGAGUUGAUGCCCGCUCCCCGCUGCCAGCACGUCGUUCUCUGGGAAAGCACCUGCUGGUAGUUCCAUUUCGAUUCGUUUUCUGUUCCUGCUGAUGUCUCGGCGCAGCGCCUUCUUUCCGUUAACUCGCGUCUCCAGAUUAUCCAGACAGACAGCACCCGAAAUCUUACUUUCCCCCUAACAUUCUGUUUUCAUUUAUGACACAGCAGCAGCUCCUUUGUACGUACCAGGUCAUGUCCAUCCCUCGGUACAUAAUCUGCAUUUGCUUUUAGACCAUUUCUUUUGUUUAAAAUAAUAAUAAUAUAAUAAUAAAGCUAGUUCUAUUGAAAUGCAAA